AUGGCAAACAAAGGUGAAAUUAUUGAAGAAGGUGGCUUUUCCUAUUAUGCUGAAAAAAUCAACGGAAAUACUAAAACUAAACAAUGUUUGCUAUAUUCAAAAUAUGUUUGUUGUAAAAAAAGAAAAUCCAAAAAGUGUCCUGUGCGGAGUACAAAAACUCUGGAUGAACCCAUCCAAUUCACAGUUAGCUCGCACCGACAUGCAUUGGAUUUUUAUAACGAUGAUGUGAGACGUUUUCGGCGUGAAUUAAUAGCUGCUGCUGAGAAGAACUUGUAUCCCACUAAUGAAAUUUAUGCAACAGUUUCUAAAUCGCAUCUCGAAGAUGUUAGAAUUCAAUUGCCAUAUGCGGUUAUUAGUACGGUGAUGCGUCAACAUCAAAAGGAAGCUGUGGACGAGUUACCAGAGUUACCAACUUACAAGGAUUUUGCAGAGUUUUUCGAACGUAAUGAAAAUUUAUGUUUCAUGCGAUAUGCUGAUAAAAAAUACGUUAUAGUGUCAAAUCUCGAGAAUGAUGCAUUACUCAUCGGCGACCCGGAGUUUAGCAAGUCGGGUCAGUGUGAUACUAUACAUAUCAGCUCAACAGCGAACAUUCUCCCUGAUUUUAAUGGCACUCGUCUCCUGACUUUUAUACUAGGACAAGAUGGACAUUAUGCCUUUCCUGUUGGUAUCAUUCUAUGGACUAAGGUGGCCCGUGAUGCAUGUACGGAAAUUUUGAAUCAGGUGAAAGAACGUCUAUUUCCAAACGUAAAUAUCACUAAAAUUUACGUAGAUUUCGAUUUAAAACUUUUUGUGGAGGAAGUUUUCCCAGAAAGUGACGUCCGUGGCACGUUCAAUAAUUAUUGCCAUAUAUUAUUUCACGAGGCCCUAAGCAAUAAUGAUUUACGGCUUAGGAUUCCUGAACAUGAAGAAUUCUUAAAGAAAUGUUUUUCUUUAAUUCUCUUACCUUCAAAUAAGAUUAAGGAAGGUUUUGAAGAAAUCAGCAACAGUUUAUCAGUGGAAACAAAAGCUCAGCUGACAAAUUUUAUUAAUUACUUUAAUAGAGUAUGGAUAGAAGGAGUAACUCCGACAUCGAUGAGCUUAUAUGAAAAGGUAGAAAGCUUAAAUACUGUCCCCUCGCGAGGGUACUACCUUAAGCAAAACGCAAAUAUUUUGUAUGCUGUUAAUGAUGGAAUGUUAAUAAAAAUGUUCGAAAACUAUCUGACUAUUCAGAGCGAAAGACAGAAAUUUUUGGAAAUUUAUAUUAUUGUAUCAACUAAUUUGUUGAUUGAUUAA